AUGUCAUCGGCAAGGAAAAUAACGACCGUAAUAGUGUUGGAGCUUCGAUACAAAAUCGUCCUAAAAGUCAUGGAGAGCUUAAUGCUGGCAUACGUGAAGCGAACACGUUUGAACUUUGAUGUAACAGCUGGUGCGGCGCGUGCGAGUGGGAAGGACGCAGGUGGCGGCCAGAAGUUUAUUAUUGGCAGCAAAACAUAUGUCGCCGACGAAUUCGAGAGGAGACGUGCUAUUUAUGGCGGGACCAUGUUCAUGGCG